GUCAAAUAUUGUAAUUAUUGUUUUUAUAAUUUGCUCAAGUAUUUUUGUAUUUGUUUGAGUUUAACUUUUAUAAAAAUAAAUAUAAAGAAUGAGCACACAAACAGCAGAGGCCGCCAAAUCGGGGGCAGAGUCGGCCAAUUUCUUUGGGCUGCAGGCGGCAUUUGAGACUGCCCUUGAGCAGGCCAUUGUCCAGAACAGUGUGGAACUGCUGGUUAAGGAUUACCACAGUUUUAGUUCAAAUUCGGAGCACGAUAAACGUUCGCCCAUGGACCAAGCAUUUCGAGAGAUUUUAAUGAAGCGACUGAGCGACGAUGUGGAACGCAUUGGCUCCCUGGUUCGUCUGUCUGUGGAUGCUGCUCGUGCCGAGAUCGUAUCGAACACAAUACCUGUGGUUCUUUUGGGCGACACAUUUGACGUGGUCACACUCAACAAAUGCGAGCAGAUUUUCACAUUUGUGGAGGAGCUGGUUGAGGUCUGGAAAGAGGAGAUAUUCUUUGCUUCGUGUAAGAACAACUUGCUUCGCAUGUGCAACGAUUUGCUGCGCCGUCUCUCCCGCACACAGAACACUGUCUUUUGUGGUCGCAUUUUAUUGUUUCUCUCCAAGUUUUUCCCAUUCUCGGAGCGUUCCGGGUUGAAUAUUGUUUCCGAGUUUAAUUUGGAUAACUUUACCGAAUAUGGACUGGACAGCAAGGAUCAUGAUGAUAUUGAUAACAAGGAGCUGGAAGAUACAGCCGAAGACAUACCGCUCAAGAUUGACUAUGAUUUGUACUGCAAGUUCUGGUCACUACAGGAUUUCUUUCGCAAUCCUAAUCAAUGCUACAGCAAGGCACAGUGGAAGAUGUUCCAAAUGCAUGCAGAGACUAUACUACAGUCGUUUUCCAGCUUUAAGUUGGAGGAUGUGCGUCCGAAUAGUGACAUUAAUGGCGGCAGCGAUGCGAUGGACGUAGAUAUGGACGAUUGUGCUGCUGAUGCCGCUGCAGCACUUGUUGUGCGCAAGGAUAAUCAUUUCUUUGCCAAGUUUCUGACCAAUCCAAAGUUGCUGGCACUGCAACUUUCCGAUUCCAAUUUCCGGCGUGCCGUCCUGGUGCAAUUUCUUAUACUAUUCCAAUAUCUGCAGGUCAGCGUCAAGUUUAAAAUAGAUACCUACACUCUGACGACUGCCCAGUCAGAUUUUAUCAAGGAAACCGAGCAGCGUGUAUAUAAGCUUUUGGAGGAGACGCCACCGUAUGGAAGACGUUUUGCACGCACUGUGCAGCAUAUGCUGCAACGGGAGGAAAUGUGGAACAAUUGGAAAAAUGAUGGCUGCAAGGAGUUUAAAAAACCCGAAGAUCCAGAGCCGAUUGAGGAUGAGUUAAAGCCACCACCUGCAAAGCGUUCCAAGCGACCACUGGGAGAUUGUCUGCGUGAUGCCGCACGCAAUGGCAAGUUCUUCCUGGGCAACGAUAAUCUGACACGCCUUUGGAAUUACUCGCCGGACAAUUUGCAAGCAUGCAAGAGCGAACAGCGCAAUUUUUUGCCCAUGCUGGAAACAUAUUUGGAGACGCCGCAUGACAAGAGCGAUCCCGCCUUCGAGUGGCGUGCACUGCGUCUGUUGGCGCGACAGACGCCUCAUUUCUUUACCUUUGUAUCGCAGCCGUCGUGUAAGAUAUCCGAUUACCUGGACGUUGUGCGCAAGCGCUUGACGCGGGAAAAGGAGCUGGUUAAACAGGUCAGCACUGCGUCCAAUAAUCCAACAGAGCAGAACAAUGGACUGGCUGUCCAUAGUGCGCCAUCAGAGCAGGAACAUGACAUGGCAUCAGUUGCCCUGCAAGAGACCGAAUCCUUGGAGGUGGAGGAUACUGAGCCCGUGGGCGAAGAUGUGGAUGAGAUGCCAGCACAUGAGAAGCCACUGAUGGUCACACUGGCCCACAUCGAUGAGAUAACUCCAUUGAUAGGUGAACAUUGGAUGAAAGUUGGCAAGAAGAUUGGCUUCAGCAAUGAUGAGUUGCUCUUCUUCCAAAUGGAGAAUCCCACAGCCGGCGUGGCAUGCACGAAAAUGUUAACUAAUUGGAUCUCAGACGAUGACGAUGCUACGCUGGACAAUUGGGCCUAUAUGCUUGAAGGUCUCGAGAUGAAUAAGGCGGCCGAUGCCGUCAAGGCGAUAAUUGAGCGCGAAAAAUCGGGAAAUCUCCAAGUAUUGUCCCAGACACAGUCUCUGCCGGAAACCAUAAGCACCGAUGUGGAAAUACUUUCGGAUUAGUUAUCACUUCAGUUCUGAUAAAUUCAUCAAAUAAAACAGAGAACGUAACGAUUUGUAAAAUA